UGAGGCUAAUCUUGCUGUGUAAAUCUCUUAAACCUACUAUAGAGGACUACUGGAUCUAUUGGAUACGUGUAACUUAAAGGAUCCUACCUAAGGAAUCGGUCUUGUCUAGACAGUACCCAAAUGACAACUAGCAAACUAAUUCCAACGCUCUCCACUUUUCGGCAAGCCUGAACUCCACUCAACUUUGGGGCUUAAUGAGCGAGUUUUCCUAGAAGUCGUGCGCCUCGUCCGCGACUUUCGGUGUUAACGCUCUGAGCGCUCUUCAGAGGUGAGGACCGAGACAGAGACAAAGACAAAGACAAAGACCGAGACGUCCGCCAGAAAAUGGAAAUGAUUCAUAAAACGUUGCUUGACCUGUCUCAAGCACUGCGGACGGCUGACCAGCCCGCGUGCAGCUGCGGUUUUCGGAACCCCAAUUCGCACCGCGAAAGGUGCAUAUUGCGUGCAACAACAACGGAAAGUUCCAUGAGAGCUGCUCGGAGGAUGCCACCAUGGUGAAUCUGAAGCCGCACCGGUCGUUCAUCCUGAAUGAGCACAACAAGCAGCGCAACUUCAUCGCCUCGGGCUCGCUGCCGGGCUACUUUCCGGCUACGCGGAUGGCCACCAUGGUGUGGGACGAGGAGCUGGAGUAUCUGGCGACGCUCAACCUGAAGACCUGCAACAUGCAGCACGACGACUGCAACCACUCGUUCCGCUUCCGGAAUCUGAGUCAGAAUCUGUGCGGCGUGGAUCGCUACCGCAGUGCCCCAAUGAACGUGACCAAUCUGGUGGAGCAGUCGCUGGGUCUGUGGUUCGGCGAGCACUAUGUCAUCGACAGUAGCUUCAUCACCGACUUCCGGAUGACCAGCAAACUGGAAAAGUACGGUCACUUUGUGGAAACGGUGGUGGACAGGAACACCCAUGUCGGCUGCGCCAUGAUGAGCUUCACCAACCCGAGUAUGCAGCCUUCUGCUCCGUGAAGGAGAAAUACAACCCAAACUACAAUAUAUACUAGGACUGAACCAAACUCUUCAUCGUUUUCGUUCCCAUUGAUCCCGAGACAAUCAUCUGUUUCUAAUUAAUACGUCAAGUGCUGUUUAUUUCGGUCCGGCUGCUAAAUUCGGCUGGGUGUUAACUUCCAGUUCCAAUCAGACAGACAGGCAGGCGGGCGACCAGAUCGUAAUUUAUAAAUCUUAACGGAAAAAGUCCGAUGCGGUUCUCGCACAGUGGAUCUGUUCGAUUGAUCCGUGUGCGAGUUUACGAGAAAUCUAGGAAAUAUCUGUAGAACCUUCCGUAGAGAUAUACGAGUUACACUGUUUGCUCGGACUGUACUUUUGAUGCAAACUAAAGUAUAACAUAAAUGUAAUA